UCUGUGGUAGCCUGGAUUCAAUUACCAGAGUUACCGGUUCAUUUCUAUCAUCGAGAGAUCCUAUUUUCACUUGGGAACUUGAUUGGGAGGACAAUCAAACUUGACUAUCAUACAGAACAUCGUCAAAGAGGCAAGUUUGCCAGAAUUGCGGUAGAGCUCGACAUGACUAAACCGCUACCCACCAGAAUCUGGCUCGACGACUUCUGGCAAGUGAUCCUUUAUGAGAACUUGCCCACAAUUUGCUAUGAAUGCGGCCGAAUUGGACACCAGGAAGAGGCUUGCCCUCAGAACGGGAACAAACAUCAAAGCUCAAACUUGUGCCUACAGGAAUCUUCUCCGCAAGACCACUCGUCGGCGAACUCCCAAGAACCUCCGGUGGGUUUCGGCACCUAG